CUGAGGCAAUGCAGAGGAGGUGAAGAGAGUGCGGCGACUGUCCGGCGAAAAGAGCACCUGCUUCCCACGAAGAGGGCUUUGUAGCGAUGUUUUCGCGUUAUUUUUUUUUGACGUUUGGUUUUUCUCUUGUUGUUGUUGUUGUGUUUUUUUUUAAAUAGUCAGCGUAAAGGAACAAAACGCGCUUUUGGAGUCACGGAGCAGCAGAGGACAGCCGGGGACGCUCACAGCGCUGUCAGAGAUGUCCCUGCUGUGUGUGGGAGUGAAGAAAGCCCAGCUGGAUGGACCCCAAGAGAAGUUUAACACUUACGUGACACUAAAGGUGCAAAAUGUGAAGAGUACGACCAUCUCUGUCAGGGGCAACUUGCCUAGUUGGGAGCAAGACUUCAUGUUUGAAAUUAACCGUUUGGACCUUGGUCUGACAGUAGAGGUGUGGAACAAAGGGUUAAUCUGGGACACUAUGAUGGGCACCGUAUGGAUUCCUCUCUGUAGCAUCAGACAGUCAAAUGAGGAAGGUCCGGGGGAGUGGCUGACAUUGGACUCUCAGGUUAUCAUGGCUGAUAAUGAGAUCUGUGGAACUAAAGAUCCCACACUGCACCUGGUGCUGCUUGACACACGCUUUGAGCUGCCUCUAGAUAUUCCUGAAGAUGAGGCACGGUACUGGGCCAGAAAACUAGAGCAACUCAAUGCCAUGAGGGACCAUGAUUACUCAUACCAAGAGGAACAGGAGCGCCCACUUCAUGUACCAGGUUCCCAGUGUUGUAACUGGAAUCUAUGGGGAGACCAACAAAAUGACGACCCAGACAGUGCAGUGGAUGACAGAGACAGCGACUAUCGCAGUGAAACCAGUAACAGCGUUCCUCCUCCUUACUACAGCACAUCUCAGCCCAAUGCAUCUGUCCAUCAGUAUCCCAUCAACCACCAGCAGCGCAGCUCCAGAAGCUACUCUUACCCACACUUGGCAAACAGCCACGACCCCGAUUACCACCAACAAAGGGCUGUCAGUCCCACGGGGAGCUAUGCAUCGUCUGCAGAACUGAGUCGGGGUAGCAGUCAGCUGAGUGAGGAGGAUUAUGGCGGUGAGUAUGGAGAGAGGGACCCUUACGACGAGAAUGACUCUUACCACUCAUGUCACUCCUCGGUUAGCUACAGCAAAGACUCCCCAGACUGGGAUCUAGAUGAGACCCAAGGGGUAUACAGCGAUGAGGGUGGCUACAGCAAAGAUGGUGGAGAGGAGAGGGCCCUGUAUGAGGAGGAUGAUGGUCGACUGUAUCAGGGAGAAGAGGAGGGUCUAUAUGAGGAUGAUGAGAUGAUGUACGAUGAUGAGGAUUUAUAUAAUAUGGAUGGAACUCUCAGUGAGGACUUGGAGCCACUGUUUACCCCUACCCCAACUUCAACUGCACCACCGGUUCUUGACCUACCAAGUUCUAGACCUCCACUUGAGAAACAGCCUUCCCUGCACCAGCAGCAGCCCCUCACUCAACUUCCCAACCAAACGUCAAGCCAGAUCCAUCCUGCUGUUGUGGCUCCAACCACACAGGCCCCUUCUGGGCAACCAGUGGCACAACAACCGAAACAUUCCCAGCCACAGUCGCAACCUCAGUCUGCCCCAUCUGCUACUUCUUUCUUCUCAAUGGCUAAACCUCUAACAGCAGCUGUUACAGGCUUAGCUUCUACUUUCCUUUCUUCUGUACCCACCACCCAACCUGCUCAGUCUCACCCCCCAACAUCAGCUGCAUCCCAGCAACACCAGUCUGCUGUGUCUAACGCUGUUCCUCCAUCACAUCCAGCAACGAUAACUACUACGCAGUCUCCCUCUAUGGGCCCUUUAUCACAGCAGACUGCCUCUAGCGCCCCACCUCAAAGCAUGCCCAGUGGUUGUGCUACUGCACAGUCACCUGUCCUUCAGGAGCAGGCUCCUCAGGUUGAGGAAGAGCCUUGGCUCGAAGAGCAAAAGAUGCCAGAGAAGGAGAUCCACACACCACCUGCUCUGCCUGAGGAGAAGCUCCCAGUGGAGAAUGAAGAGCAUACUGAAGAGAAACAACCACUGACACCAGUAGAAGAGCAAGAGAUGCCGCCUGAGAGUUCUGCAGUGAUAGAGGAGCCAAAAGAGCCAGUGGUUCCAGCAGUCAGGGCCAAGGAGAACUGGUUAAGGCUCUACAACAAAGUCUUAGACCAGCUUCGAGAGGCUCGAGGAGAGACGUCCAGUUCACUGUGGUUUGGUAAAGGAGGAAUGGGCGGUGCACUCUACAGCAUUGACAGCAUGCCUGACCUUCGCAAGAGGAAAGCCAUUCCUCUUGUCAGAGAUCUGGCAAUGUCUCUGGUGCAAAAUUCUCGGAAGGCUGGAAUCACAUCUGCCAUGGCCUCCACCACACUUGGCAAUGAAGAGCUGAAGAGCCAUGUUUAUAAAAAGACUCUGCAGGCGCUGAUCUAUCCAAUCUCCUCCACUACACCGCACAACUUUGAGGUGUGGACAGCCACCACCCCCACCUACUGCUACGAAUGUGAGGGCCUGCUGUGGGGUAUUGCCCGUCAGGGCAUGCGCUGCUCCGAGUGCGGCGUCAAAUGCCACGAAAAGUGCCAGGACCUGCUUAAUGCUGACUGUUUGCAAAGGGCUGCAGAGAAGAGUUCCAAGCAUGGGGCAGAGGACCGAACCCAAAAUAUCAUCAUGGUUCUGAAGGACCGAAUGAAGAUCAGAGAGAGGAACAAGCCAGAGAUCUUUGAACUAAUCCAAGAAGUGUUUGCCCUUGACAAAUCAACACAUGCCACACAUAUGAAGCAGAUUAAGCAAAGUGUGCUAGAUGGGACUUCUAAAUGGUCAGCGAAGAUCAGCAUCACUGUGGUAUGUGCACAGGGCCUACAGGCCAAAGACAAAACAGGCUCCAGUGACCCAUAUGUCACUGUCCAAGUGGGUAAGACUAAGAAGAGGACCAAGACCAUCUAUGGAAAUCUCAACCCUGUCUGGGAAGAGAACUUCCACUUUGAAUGUCACAACUCAUCUGACCGUAUCAAAGUUCGUGUGUGGGAUGAGGAUGAUGAUAUCAAGUCUCGUGUAAAACAGAGGUUCAAAAGAGAGAGCGAUGACUUUUUGGGUCAAACCAUCAUUGAAGUCCGCACUCUCAGUGGGGAGAUGGAUGUUUGGUACAACCUGGACAAGAGGACUGAUAAAUCUGCUGUGUCAGGAGCCAUCCGGAUGCACAUCAGUGUGGAGAUCAAAGGAGAGGAAACAGUUGCUCCCUAUCAUGUUCAGUACACCUGUCUACAUGAGCAUCUGUUCCAGUUCACCACAGAGGAGCAAAAUGGAGGUGUCGUUAAAAUCCCUGAUGCUAAAGGGGAUGAUGCUUGGAAGGUGUACUUUGAGGAGACCGCUCAGGAGAUAGUGGACGAAUUCGCCAUGCGAUACGGCGUUGAGUCCAUUUACCAGGCUAUGACCCAUUUCGCCUGCUUGUCAUCAAAGUACAUGUGUCCUGGAGUUCCAGCUGUGAUGAGCACCCUACUUGCCAACAUCAAUGCGUAUUACGCGCACACCACUCAGUCCUCCAACAAUGUUUCUGCCUCAGAUAGAUUUGCAGCAUCAAACUUUGGCAAGGAGCGAUUUGUCAAACUAUUGGAUCAGCUGCACAACUCCCUGAGGAUUGACCUGUCCAUGUACCGGAAUAAUUUUCCUGCCAGCAGUCCGGAAAGGCUUCAAGACCUCAAGUCUACUGUUGAUCUUCUGACUAGCAUCACAUUCUUCAGGAUGAAGGUCCAAGAGCUGCAGAGUCCGCCAAGAGCAAGCCAGGUGGUGAAGGACUGUGUGAAAGCCUGCUUAAACUCUACCUAUGAAUAUAUAUUUAACAACUGCCACGACCUCUACAACAGAGAAUACCAGACGGACCCUUCAAAGGCGGUCCCGCCAGAUGAACAGGGUCCCAGCAUAAAAAACCUGGACUUUUGGUCCAAACUCAUUACCCUCAUUGUGUCCAUCAUAGAGGAAGAUAAAAACUCCUACACUCCUUGUCUUAAUCAGUUUCCCCAAGAGCUGAAUGUGGGCAAGAUCAGUGCAGAGGUCAUGUGGAAUAUGUUUGCACAAGAUAUGAAAUAUGCCAUGGAGGAGCAUGAGAAGCACCGGCUGUGUAAGAGUGCAGAUUACAUGAACUUGCACUUCAAGGUGAAGUGGCUUUAUAAUGAAUACUGCAAGGAGCUGCCCACUUUCCAGAAGCAUGUACCUGAAUAUCCGGCCUGGUUUGAGCCAUUUGUCAUCAUGUGGCUGGACGAAAACGAGGAAGUGUCCAGAGAUUUUCUGCAUGGAGCCCUAGAGAGGGACAAAAAAGAUGGGUUCCAGGUCACAUCAGAGCAUGCGUUAUUCUCCUGCUCGGUGGUCGACGUCUUCUCUCAGCUCAAUCAGAGCUUUGAAAUCAUCCGUAAACUGGAGUGUCCUGACCCUCAGAUUGUUGGAAACUACAUGAAGAGAUUUGCCAAGACCAUUGGCAAUGUCCUGCUGUCUUAUUCUGACAUCAUUGCAAAGGACUUUCCAAAUCAUGUCAAGAAGGAGAAAGUGCCAUGCAUCAUCAUCAAUAACAUCCAGCAGCUCAGAGUUCAGCUGGAGAAGAUGUUUGAGGCCAUGGGAGGCAAAGAUCUUAAUGUGGAGGCGAGCGAUUUCCUCAAGGAUCUGCAGAAUAAACUCAAUAAUGUCAUGGAUGACCUCAGCCACAUCUUCGCUGUCAGUUUCCAGCCCCAGAUAUUGGACAACGUGAGACAGAUGGGGGACAUCUUGGCCCAAGUCAAAGGUCAGACUGUCCCGGCCAAUGGCAGUGUGGUGCAGGAGGCUGACAAUGUCCUGCAACCCAUUAUGGACUUCCUAGACAGCAACCUCUCGCUGUUCGCUAAGAUCUGUGAGAAGACUGUUCUGAAGAGAGUGCUGAAGGAAUUGUGGAAACUGGUGAUGAACACGAUGGAGAAAACCAUUGUGCUUCCCACACUCACUGACCAAACGGGCACUCAGAUGAUCUUCAAUGCUGCUAAGGAGUUGGGUCAACUUUCCAAGCUAAAGGAGCACAUGGGGCGAGAGGAGGCCAAAGCUCUGACUCCUAAACAGUGUGCAGUGAUCGAACUGGCCCUAGACACUAUUAAGCAAUACUUCCAUGCUGGCGGCGUGGGCCUGAAGAAAACAUUCUUGGAAAAAAGUCCAGACCUGGCAUCUCUGCGCUACGCCUUGUCUCUGUACACACAGGCCACAGACAAGCUCAUCAGGAAGUUUGUCCUCUCACAAAGCGCUCAGGUUCAUGGAGGGAAAGGGAUCAGGUACACAUCCAAUGAAGACACACCACCAGAGAAAGCGUCAGUGGGGGAUGCGGUUGGAGAGGUGAUCAUGAACGUGGACAUCUUACCACAGCCUAACGGAGAACACAAGAUCAGUAUCAAAGUGGUGGCUGCCAAUGACCUGAAGUGGAAGGCACAAGGUUUUCGGCCCUUCGUAGAAGUCUACAUCAUCGGCCCUCACCUCAGCGACAAGAAGAGGAAAUUUGCCACCAAGUCCAAGAACAACAGUUGGUCGCCAAAGUUCAACGAGAGCUUCCAGUACUCCCUCGGCACUGAGGUUGGCCCUGAGAGCUACGAGCUGCAGGUGUGCGUGAAGGACUACUGCUUUGCCAGGGAGGACCGAACCGUGGGCAUGGCCGUGCUGCAGGUGAAGGAUGUGGUCAACAAGAGCAGCGUCACCUGCUGGCUGCCGCUGGGCCGGCGCAUCCACAUGGAUGAGACGGGGCUGACUGUGCUGCGCAUCCUUUCCCAGCGCAACAACGACGAUGUGGCCAAAGAGUUUGUCAAGCUCAAGUCAGACCAGCGCUCAGCCGAGGAGGGGCGCAGCUGAGAGCACAAACGCACGCACACACACACACACACACACACACACACUAGCCACACCUUUACAGAUCGAUGACCACGUGCAGUCCUCAAGCACACGCACGAGCACGUCACAUUGUACAGAAACCUCCAGACAUUAUGCAACAUUAGCAUUGCAGCGGAAUCAAUGCUAACUCUGAGUAACACGUGUGAAACAAAUUAGCACGUCUUUCCUCAUCCACGUCGUUUUUUUUUUCUUUUUCUUAAAUGCUGUACAUUUAAAACCAAGCCCAACAGAAUGCAACACAGAACCACAACAAACCGUGUGAAUAGUUUGAACACUUUGCACUUUGGCUUUUCUGCGUUUGCAGAACAGCGCUCCCCGCUUAGCUUUGCCCUCUAACCCCAAUCACUGGUUGUUCGUUUGCUCUGUUGUCCUUUCCCUCCCGUGUUGUCAUUUGCACCGUGUAGGGUUCCCGUGGUGGAAUUAUGUUGUGGAAGGACUUCAGGUGCACGUCAGUGAUUGGUUUCCUUAAAAAACAAACAACAAAAGAUCUGGGUUCCCCAUGAAGUUCAGGGUGAAGGCCUUGGCUUGCUCCAUUCUGCAACAUCCUGCAUGUUGACCCCACGAACACUGUGAUUCACUUGCUGUAACUGUGGCAACACUUCUGUGAAAGUACUCUUGUAAAAGUGGUUGCCUGUUGUCCUUCAUGUGUGCGAGCACGGUGCACACACACACACACACACACACACACACACACACACACACACACACACACACACACACACACACACACACACACACACACACACACAGCGGUCAUGCCAACAUAAGUGAAACAAAAAGUUGAGGCCAUAAUGAGCUGAUUUGUUUGUUUUAAUUACAAUGGAGCAAUACAUUAAGAGGCGAACACCCCGAGAGUGCACAUUAUUUAUAAAAGGGCUACAGGAAGGACGCUGAGGUUUGCCCCGUUUUCAGGCUCUGCCACAGAAACGCCGAAACAGCAGCACUGUGGAGGGUGGGGGGACUCACACUGUUGGUUGUUAAUGAAGGAAAAGCGCCGGAUCCUCCCCCAAGGUUUUCCCAACAGUCCCACUGUCAACAAGACUGCCAAGGCCGUGUGAAGCCCGAGGAUGCACAACCACGCUUUUCUGCUGGACGCACCAUCUCAGCUGCACUCGUAAGGCAAUAGUGGUUUGUUUGUUUGUAUGUUCAGGGAGAACAAACCAUUUGAACACUGCUUUUACUUUUCUGUGUGUGGAUCGAUGAUCUUAUCUGCAAAACGGCUUUCACAUCGUGAGCAAUAUAUUGUAACUACAGACCUGAACGUGUGCGCUGUUGAUAUCCCACAUAUGCACAAUCUGCAAUAUAUACAUUUAAAGAAUUUUUUUUAUUAUUAUUAUUUCUGGAUUCCCCAUUAACAUGUGUGAUGUGUGCUUUUCUGAGAAGAAUGGGUUGCAUUUUAAAGAAUCAGCUUCGCCUUCACUUUGGAACAAAUUUACACGACCUUGAGAGAUCUCAUGUUUUUUGUUUUGUUUUAUUUUCUUUAAACAAAUGAAUUAAAGCCAUCCGAGUUGCUGCCAAGCAUUACGGUACUUCAGUCCCGUCAUCUGUGAUGAAGCUGUUCGACAGCAAAACGUGAGCUCUUGUUUGUAAGCCGACUUGUCGUCUGUCCGUCUGUGAAGCUUGAUGUCAGUGACAGUCACUGUACGUGCUGACGCACUGAUGAAUUCUACUCGUUUCCUCAGCAUCCUGGAUUUAGGCCUCUAAAUAUCGUAAGAUCAUGUGAUCAAACACUAUCAUUUUUAUUUCUGCAUUAUGGUGUGACCCGCUGAGCGGUACCAAUCUGAGGAUACAGAAUUUGUUUUGCAGUAUGUUGGUUGUAGUACAGAUGGGAAAAUGACACAUUCUAGAAGAAAAAGCAACAACAAAAAGCAAAAACAGAAUUAUCACCAACUUUGGGGCUCCUCAGUUGCCUGCUUCACACACAUAAUCUACGCCAGAGCACAAAUGGCCACAUGUAAGAAGACAUGCAUGCGUGCAUGUACACGGACACACGUCUGCAGAGCCCGGCGACCCUGUGAAUAGAAUCAACCACAACUGCAUGAUGGGAAACCUUAUUGUCCCAGCACGCGUCUCUUUGAUGUUACUCGUCAUUUCUCUUAUUUCCAAAGCUAAAUGUAUUUUUUUUUAAAUGCUUGUGAAUAUGUCUGCUGUAAUCUACAUGAAUGUAGUGUGAACGCAGAAUUCGCAUGAGAGAAUUAUUUUCUACUGAUGUUUCUAAUUUGUUUGUCAUUAUUAAUUGUUCUUUAAUGAGGAUGAAGUGGAAAUGGAAUGCAGCCUGAUUGUGAUCUGCUUCCUAUUAAAAGAUUUGUGUCACAAUCAA